AUGGGGAAUAGCGAAACGAGGGAGAUAACCAUUGAAAACGACAAAGAUACCAUUUCGCAAUCACUAAGCAAAAAGUUAAUGUCGGAAGAUGAAUUUCAGCAAUUGAAAUCGCUGUACGAUCAGAAGAUAGCUACACUCCAAAAUAAAAAUGCGAGGCUUUACGGAGCGACGGUCAGUAACUUUGCGAGGGGUGUUGAGAGAUUGGAAGAAAAAUAUUUGAAAGCUUUGAGGCCGCCAGUUUGUGGAGAGCAGCAGUUGAAAAUUGUUGAAUGUUACAAGGAAAGCAAAAAUAAAACAUUAAAUUGUGGUCACAGUGUUGAUGAGUUUAACGCUUGCUUGCAACAGUAUAGACAAUCCAGAACGGUUACGUCAGGCUAA